ACCACGGCUACGAUUGGUCCUUCCACCAUAAGGUUUUAAUUUUGAAUUUUUCUUCAUGACGAGGGCGAGGCCAUUGCCUGGAUUUCAUCUAAUCCCCGGGCUCUUAGACUAAAAUCAUGCUUAAGUUUAAACAACAAAGAAGAAAGCUAAAAACAAAAGCAAAAAGAUUAUUGAAAAAAAAAAAAGCCUCUCACUUUCAUUCCAAGCAGAUUAUACCUCCUCCUCCACCACCCUCAGCAGAAAGAGUGCUUAUUUCUUCAACAGAUAUAUCCCUUAGCAGAAGCUGGCUAAGAUCAUCCUGGAGCUUCAAAUUUCCCAGUAUCAAAGAUGCAGUAGAACUUUGGACAAGGAGGGUAUGGUCUAUAUACAACUGGUGCCAGAACUGCAUCGCCCAGAGUUUAGAAAUACUGAAAGACACCAUCUUUCCUUCCCGUUCCUGCCACCGAGAACUUGAUAGUCUGAAACAACGGUUUUGCAUUUUGGAAAGUGAAUUGUGCAAGCUCCAGGAAGCACUGAAGACCAUCUCAGAAAAUUCUUCCUGUCCAAGCUGUGGUCAAGCCUGUUACAUGAGUGGUAAACUUACAAACGUGCCUCCCUGUGCUCUAACCACCCCUGGAGAAUCCCAGGCUGUACUUCCUGCCACACUGCCACAGCCACCACUUCCACCCCCUCCACCUCCUCCACCUCCUCCACCUCCUCCUCUGCCUCCACCUCCACAACCCACAGCACCUUUGCUGCUCAGAAAAUCCAACCUCACUAAAGCACUUCAGGCUGGACCACUAAAAAAAGAUGGACCCAUGCAGAUAACAGUUAAAGAUCUACAGACUGUGAAAUUAAAGAAAACACAGAGUUUUUUUGGUGAAAGGGAAAAGCUUGUUCCAUCACCAAAGACACGGAAUCCGCUAGUUACUGUCUCUGACCUGCAGCGUGUUACCCUGAAGCCGAACUCCAAAGUGUUACCAACUCGAGUUACAAAUGUCCUAAUUACUCCUGGUAAAAGUCAGAUAGAUCUACGGAAACUACUUAGAAAAGUCGAUAUAGAAAGGAGCCCAGGUGGGACCCCACUUAUCAAUAAAGAAAAUAUGGAAACGGGAACUGGACUGACCCCAGUAAUGACACGGGCCUUGAGGAAAAAGUUUCAGCUGGCUCACCCUAGAAGCCCAUCUCAAAGUCUGCCAUUUUCUACAAGCAGCUUUGAGGAAUAACACUGAUGCCA